CAGAUAAAGACAUUCACACCUUUUUAAGAAAUGUCCAAACCCAACACCAUUUCAUUUUUCUCCAUCUUUGAAACAAACACCAAAACCCACACCCAUCUCUAAAAUCUCCUCCAACAAACAUGGCAAUGAGCAACAACAUCAUAGGAUUCAUAAACCUCCUCGCCGUAAUCCUCUCCAUCCCAAUCAUCGCCGCUGGAAUCUGGCUAACAAACGAACCAGCAGACACGUGUGUCAAGUUCCUCCAAUGGCCAGUAAUAAUCCUCGGCGUUCUUCUCUUAAUCGUGUCCCUCGCUGGUUUCAUCGGUUCCUUUUGGAGAAUCCCAUGUCUCUUGAUAUUCUACCUCGUUGCAAUGCUUGUGCUUAUUAUACUUCUCGUUUGUUUGGUUGUUUUUGUUUACAUGGUCACUGUUCGUGGCCAUGGCAUGAUUGAACCUAAUCGGGCUUAUUUGGAAUACCGUUUGGAUGAUUUUUCUGGCUUUCUUAAAAGGAGAGUGAGAAGCUCUUUUAAAUGGGAUGUUAUCAGAAGUUGCUUAAGUGAAACUAACAUGUGUGCUGAGUUGAACCAGAAUUUUCGUAUGGCUCAGGACUUCUUUAACGCACGUCUCACGCCAAUGCAGACUGGAUGCUGCAAGCCACCAACACAAUGUGCAUACACAUUUGUGAACCCAACCUAUUGGAUUAGUCCAAUAAACAAUGCAGCAGAUAUGGAUUGUCUUCAAUGGAGCAACGACCAGACACAACUUUGUUACAGUUGUGAUUCAUGCAAAGCUGGUUUGUUGGCAAAUCUUAGGAAGGAAUGGAAAAGGGCAAAUGUGAUAUUGAUGAUCAGUGUUGUUGUUUUAAUUGUGGUUUAUUUGAUUGGGUGCUUUGCUUUUAGGAAUGCCAAAACGGAAGAUCUCUUUCGCAAAUACAAACAAGGCUACACUUGAUCAUCACAAGGUUAAAUUGCAGGGUCAUUUUGUUUAGUUUAAUAUUAGUGGUUGGGUUGGGAGAAAAGUUAAAGAAUUUUAUGUAUGAAUUUGUGUGUUCACUUAUUUUGAGAAGAAAAGAUGCUUGUUUAUUUUAUGGGUAGUGAGGUGUUACUUGAGUUGAGCGUGAUUUGGGGAGGCCACCGAAAGAUGAUGUCUCGAAAAUCGAGUGUGCAAAGACGGUCAAUAGAGGACUUUUGUUUCUUGUUUGUCCUGUCUUAGACUCAUAGGCUAUCUAUGGGUUUUAACAGAAAUUUGCAUAUCUAAUGGGAAAUGGAAUCUCCCUUCCAUGUUUUCA